AUGGAGAUAUUCUUGAGAGCCAGAGCUCAAGAGAUUGUAGCAGGAGGAAUAGUUGUGACUCUUCUUCCCGGUGUGCCUAAUCCGGAUAUUCAGCAUUAUGUUUGUGUAUCGUUUACUUUUAUCGAGUCCAUCCUCAUCGACAUGGUCAAAGAGGAAAUGGACUCGUUCAACGUUCCUACUUUGUUUCCUUGGAUAGAGGAUAUGAGGAGAGUGGUUGAGAAAAAUGGAUGUUUCGAAAUAGUGAAGAUGGAAAUGGUGGAUGUAACGUUCAAGGUGGAGGCUGAGAUGAAAGUAAUGAACCUCAGAGCAUCAAUGGAAGGAACUAUGGCGAAUCACUUUGGGAAAGAGAGAGUGGAGCAAGUAUUCGAGAGGGCUAUGCAACAAAAGCUCCGCUUCACUCACAUGUUGGAUUCAAUGGGGGACAAAGUGUUUACUGGUGUACUCUUUGCUGUGCUCAACCGCAAAUAA